GCGUGGACUUGUGAUAAAGUGGUUUUGUGUCUGUUCACAGGUUGUAAAUAAAACUGUUUAAAUCGUCAUUUAGUUUUUGUUCCUACAUUUACUUUUGAACUUCUGUUGAAAGUGACAAAAUGAAUUCUUGGGGCUAUAAUGCUGAAAAUGGACCAUCUACCUGGCCACAUUUCUUUCCUGAAGCCGCUGGAUCGAGGCAAAGUCCUAUUGAUAUUCAAACAUCAGAAACUAAAUCAGAGAAGUCAUGGGACUUACUGACUUACAAAUAUGUACCAGAAAAUACCAGGUCUCUGGUUAACCCAGGAUAUUGCUGGAGAGUGGAUGUCAACGGUAAAGGAUCCGAACUCCAAGGAGGUCCUUUGCACGAUGUCUAUUCUUUGGAACAGUUCCACUGUCAUUGGGGAUGCUCAGAUGGCAGAGGUUCCGAACACACUGUUGAUGGAAAAAGCUUCUCCGGAGAGCUCCACCUUGUCCAUUGGAACAAGAAUAAAUACGAAACGUUUACAGAAGCCGCUGGUAUGCCUGACGGAUUAGCUGUACUUGGCGUUUUCCUUAAGGUGGGCGAAAAACACGAGGAGUUGGAUAAAUUGGUGAAGCUUCUGCCAUAUGUUAUGCAUAAAGGUGACAAAGUUACAAUUCCUGGACCUUUAGACCCAGCCAAGUUGAUCCCAGAGAAUAAGAAAUAUUGGACGUACCCUGGAAGUCUAACCACGCCACCAUGCUCUGAAAGUGUCACUUGGAUUUUGUUCAAGGAGCCCAUUGAAGUGUCCCACGAACAGUUGGAAGCCUUUAGGAGUCUGCGUUGUUACGACGUGGCCGAGGAUUGCCCUUGUGACGAUUUGCACGGUGGGCAGGUGAUCAACAACUAUAGGCCACCGUUGCCACUUGGCAACCGGGACAUUCGCGAAUGUGGACGCCAUUAACUGUAGGCCACCGCCUUGUGGUGCGACUUGAAGAGGCCAUCUGUGCAAUAUUACGUCGUAGUGCAAGGUUUCACGGAAUUACUGCAGCUACCGUUCCAAAAAUUCAAUUACAGUAACAAUAUUUGUGUGUAUAAUUA